GUUAAAGUCAGGAGAGAGCAGCCAUACAUCCUCUGCAACUUCAGGCGGGAAAGAGGACAUAACUGUCUCUCUUUUCCAGGGACUCCUGCUCUUGCUGUACUCCUGAGAUCAUUUCAUAUAUGGUUGCACUAUGAGACUUGUCACAAUCCUUGUCUUCUGCUCUUUGCUCAUGGGAGUCAGUAGUGAUGGCUGGUAUUCCUUCUUCAAGGAAGCCAUACAAGGGACUUGGGACUUGUGGAGAGCUUAUCGGGACAAUCUAGAAGCCAAUUACCCAAAUUCCGACAGAUACUUCUCUGCUCGGGGCAACUUUGAGGCCCAACAAAGGGGAGCUGGGGGCAUCUGGGCAGCUAAAAUAAUCAGCACCAGCAGGAAAUACUUUCAGGGCCUCCUAAACCGGUAUUAUUUUGGAAUGAAGAACCAUGGAUUGGAAAGCUUGGAGUCUACCAGGAAAGCCGAGGAAUGGGGCCGAAGUGGCAAAAACCCUAAUCACUUCAGACCCCAGGGCCUGUCUGAGAAGUUCUGAGCCUGCUACACAGGAUACACAGAGUGACUCAGCUGUGAGCUCAUCCGUCUCCCCUUGGUAGGAUGUCACUGGUCUCAGUGUCCACAGGAUCCUCAGGGAAGCUAGAGAUGCCCAACAAAUACUUGCAGAUAGUUUGUUGAUGUAAACGGGGUACUCUCUGAAAAACUUUCUGGGUAGGAUCGCUGUGUUCACAUAGGAGAUAAGUAGAGAAGGAACUGUGACCAUCAGACACUAUCCUGAAACUAUGCAUGCCCCUCACAUUACCCCCAUAUCUGCUCUACCUUUUGGCACACCAGCUUCCCCUGUGAAGCAGGCCUGUGCUAGUAAAGCAAUGCCUACCUUGCUAUGCUCCUCUGCAAGUGGAGUUUGCUCUAAGAUGUGUCCUGGUCAGCAGCCCAUCAAUUUCCUCCUGGAUAUAGAUCAUAUAUGUGUCUCUACCCGCAACAUCUUCCGGUCGUACCCAGGCUUCUCUGUGUAUGUUAUUGUUGUUCCCAGGUUUUUCUGUGUAAUGAUGCCACUCUGCCUUAUUAGUCAUGUCAUGGCCUGACUCCAGGCCUUGUCCCCUGUGGCCUGUUUUCAUACAGAGAAGAACACUGUCUUGAGAUAGCCUCAUUGCAAUCUUAGAAAUCCUAACCUAGACACUGCUCUGGGGUCCAGGGACAGAACUCAGUUGAAAGAAUGUUUGCUUAGCAUGCAUAAAUCCCUAGAGGGAUCCUCAGAUCUAUGUAAACCUGGUGAUGGCACACACUUACAAUUCUAGUAGUGGGGAGGUAGAGGCCGAUAGAGCAGAAAUUUAAGGUCAGCUCUGGCUAUAUAGCAAGGCCAUCCUGGGAUAAACAAGACUCUGUGUUGUAAUAAAACACACACACACACACACACACACACAUACACACACAUACACACACACCAGUGCCUAUCUCAGUUCAUAUCCUAACUAGUGUUUGCCCAUUUUUUUUGAUCUAAGGAAAAUUCUACUUCCGGUUCUAGAGGGGGAGUGAGACACAGCAGAACUGAGCAGGAAUGAGCAUACUAAUUUAUUAACAAUGCAAAGGCAUUCUGCCUGUGGAUGUCAGCAUAGUUUGUAGGAAGAGAAAGGCACCAAUGAAGAGGAUGUGCAUGGUCAUAAUGGAAUAGUUGCUACGCUAAAGUCAGGCCUGCAGGUAGAAGACUCACUCCAGAGGAGUAGAAACAUCAGUUGCUCUAGAAAAGAGAAGGGAACAGGAUGGGUGGAGGACUAGGGACCUGGGAUUUAGUUGUACCUGCCAUUGUUAUAGAUUGCUGCUUUUAGGAUUCAGCACACUCCACUAUAUUGGCCUAUCUGUCCCCUGCCUAUCUACCUACUGAGAAAAUAUAUAAAAAACACCCAAAGGACAAAAAUGUCUGUAUUGCAGAAUGCCAUCUUAGUACUCACAACAUCUGUUUUAAUUCUGCCAUGAGUAGAUGUUCUACGAAUAUAAGCUGAAAGAAGACAAUGAAAUAAGCUCUAUUCUCCAGUAGUCAACAUAUCUGGAGAAGUGUCUAGAAGCUGUGCAAUGUAUGAAUGUUUUGUUUGUAACAUGAAAAACAAAAACUCGGAGACAUAUACUGGAGUUCAAGCUGAAGAUCAGAAAAGCAAAGCAGCGAAGUCACC